CUUUCUCCACCUUAAUCCUUUUGGCUAUCUCCACGCAGGAUAUUUCCAUCCGCGCACGACUCCAAAUCACCUUGCUUAAAAAAACACCACCAAGACUCCCCUGUUCUAGUCCUCCCACCAAUCACCAUUCCCAUGACCGAAACACCCCCAUUUACGCAGACGGUGUUUCCCCUCCGGGACUUUGACCCGGCGACGUUACCCUCCGAGGAGCCUAUCUAUCGCGCGUAUGCGCCGGGCGUGCCCAUCUGCAUCGAUCUCGGCGCCCACUCGACAAAGAUUGGGCUCGCAAACGCGGCCGUACCCAACAACGUGUUCCCCAGCAUCGUGUCCCGCUGGCGUGACCGCAAGAUCUCGCAAACAUUGACGAUUGUGGGCAACGACGUAUUCCGCGAUUCCUCCGUCAAGCUGGCAAUGAAAACGCCGUUUGACGGGCCCAUGAUCGCCAACUGGGACUACAUCGAGUACAUGCUCGACUACUCGUUCGAGCACCUCGGCGUAAACUCCUCAGGAGGUGUGGACAAUCCGGUAGUGAUGACAGAGGCCAUGGGCGCGCCGCACGUGUUCCGCAAGAACAUGUACCAGUUGUUGUUCGAGGCCUACAAUGCGCCGACGGUCGCGUUCGGGCUUGAUUCGCUCUUUGCGUACCACGCAAACGGGGGGCGCACGGGGCUUGUGGUAGGCGCGGGCCAUGAGCUGACCAGCAUUAUUCCGGUGGUGCAAGGACGCGGGAUCCUCACCCAGGCGAAGCGCAUCAACUUCGGCGGCCACCAGGCGACAACCUACCUCAGCUCGUUGCUCACGUUGAAGUACCCGUACUUUCCCACAAAGAUCACCGCGCAGCAGGCGGAGUAUCUCGUGCACGACCAUUGCUACGUUUCGCCAAACUUCCACGAGGAGAUUAAGACGGCCCUCGACCCGGACGUGCUCCAGACCCUUGACAGGGUUAUUGAGGCGCCGUUUGUGGAGAUUGCCAAGGUUGUCAAGUCCGAGGAGGAGUUGCAAAAGGAGGCAGAGAAGCGUCGUGAGGGGGGGAGACGGCUCCAGGAACAGGCCCAAAAGUUGCGUUUGGAGAAGCUUGUUCAGAAGGAGAAGGACUAUGCGUAUUACAUCACGGUGCGUGCGAAAAUGGAGACUGCAAGCAAGCGCGACGUGCAGAACAUGCUCCAGGGCGAGGGGUUUGAAGGAGAAGCGGACUUCAAGAAGUACAUGUACAACCUCGAGCGGUCGUUAAAGCGGUCGCGCCAGGGCGACUUGGGCGACGUGGAAGAAGAGACGCCGACAUUCCCGUUGGUAGAUAUCCCGGAUGAGCAGUUGUCGGAGGAGGAGAUUCGCGAGAAGCGCAAGCAGCGGUUGAUGAAGUCGAACUACGACGCACGCGCACGCGCAAAGCUCGAGAAGGAAGAAGAGAAGCGGCUCCGCGACGAGGAGAUCCGUAAGGACAAGGAGUGGCGGGAAAGUGACUUGGACGGCUGGGUGGCUGCGCGCCGCGCGCGCUUAGGCGAGUUGAUCGCGAAACACCAGGUGCGUGUAAAGAUACAGCGCGAAGGCAAGGACCGCAAGUCAAAGGCGUCGCAGCAGCGCAUGAAAAAUAUCGCAUCCCUCGCUGACGAUGCCGACGCGAACGCGGGAGGUACCAAGCGCAAGCGCGUGACCAACAGCGCCACCAUCGACAACGAUCCUAACGACACGUUCGGUGCCAACGACGCCGACUGGGCCGUGUACCGUGAUAUCAACUCUGAGGCCGUUGGUGCGGACAACGAGGAGGUUGAGGAGGAGGAGCGCGAGGAGUUGCUCAAGAUUGAGCGUGAGUUGCUCGAGCACGAUGUCCAGUUCACCCAGGCCGACACCUUCGAAGCGUCGUUCGAUUGGAAGAACUCCACCUUGCACAAGUUUCUCCGCGGGCCGAGCGCGUUUGAUAUCGAGGAUGCACACCACCAGCACCAGGUGCACCUCAAUGUGGAGCGCAUCCGUGUCCCGGAGAUCUACUUCCAGCCGUCCAUCGCCGGACUCGACCAGGCGGGGGUGUGUGAGAUUUCUGAGGACAUUGUGCUUCGGCGCAUGCCUUCAUGUGGUUUCCUGGGAGAUGCGGACGAGAUGGUGCGUGAUGUGUUUUUAUGCGGCGGACCGGUGUUGACCCACGGGUUUGAGACCAGAAUGCGGAAUGAGUUCACCAGCUUUCUUCCUAGCGGCGCUCUGUUGCGGAUCAGGACUGCGAAUGAUCCGGUUUUGGACGCCUGGAAGGGUAUGGCGCAGUGGGCCAACGGUGCGGGCGCGACGUACGUCACGAAGAAGGAGUACGAGGAGAUGGGAUCGGAAUAUAUUAAGGAGCACAACUUGGGGAACCCAUGUCUUAUUUAGGUGUUAAAAAUAAAUAAAAAACCUUAGAACAGU